AUGGAAGUGGGUGAAGGGAGUUAUGGUAAUCAGACAGAGACUACUACUAAAGAGGUUCAGAUGAAAGUUGAAGAUCCGGUUGUGAAUGAGGAUUCCAAGAAGGCUGGGUUAAAAGCUGGUGGUUCAGAGGAGAAGGGUGGAAGUAGUGGAACCUUGGGUCCUAAAAAUGCUUCAAAGAAUGUUAGGACCGAUAGUAGUUUCCAGAAGAAAGGCAUCCUAAGAGAAAGUAGAAGUGGGAGUGGGAGUAGUGGCAGCAAGAUAGGCAAAGGAAGUUCUGUUGACUCAAGGAAGGCUGAUGUGGAAAACUUACCUCCGAAUGCUGCUUUGGGGGGAGCUGAUCCAGGGAGGAAACAGAGAGGCAGAGUCAAGGCUAUGUCAACAGGAGGGCAUGGUAGCUCAGGGGAGGAGAUGGGAACUCAGGUAAAAUUCAAAGGUAAAGGGGUUGAGGCCCCUGUCUUGUUGAAUUCCUUUGCUGCUCUUCAGGAGGAUUCGAUUCUGGAUGAACAAGUAACACCCUUGGAGGGGAGAAAAGAGUUCCCUGCCCUCAUUAAAGAUCUUAAAUACAGGUUUAAGCUUAGUGUGUUGGCUUUGUUGGAGACUCGAAUAAGUGGUAGUAGGGGUGAUAAAAUAAUAAAUAAGUUGGGUUUUUCUCAAUACUUUAAGCAUGAUGCGGUUGGUUUUGCUGGGGGCAUUUGGCUUCUUUGGGAGGAUAGGAAGACCAAGGUGGAGAUUGUUGCUGUACAUACUCAAUUUAUUCAUACAAAAAUCCUGCAUGUGGAGGAUGAUAGGAGUGAAUUUGUUACCUUUGUGUAUGGGAAUCCUAGAAGGUUAGAGAGGCAGGUCUUAUGGGAUGAGUUGGAACUCAUUGCUCAAGAGGUGGAUGGUCCUUGGGUGGUGCUUGGUGACUUCAAUUCAGUUCAGAAGACUUUUGAAAAGAUAGGGGGAAAGGAAGCUUGCUGGAAUAGUAUGAGGGAGAUGAAUUUAUGUUUGGCUAGCUGUGACCUUGAGGACAUUGGGUUUAAAGGACCUAAUUUUACAUGGAAAGGGGAAAACUUCAGGAAAGGCUUGAUAGAGCAUGAUAAUAAAGUUGAUGGUAGGCAGAGACCAUUUAGAUUCCUAGCUUCUUGGAUGACUAUGGAUGGGUUUGAGGAAGUGGUGGAGAAUAGCUGGAAUUCUCAUUGUGAGUGGAAUUUGGCCAGAAAUGAGUUUGAAAGGAGGGCUAGAGAUUGGCAUCAUAAUGUGUAUAGACUGAUUGCUAGAAAGAAGAACUUAAUCUAUGCUAGACUUCGGGGGAUUGAUAAUUACAGGAGGGGUAGAUAUGAUCAUAGUAUGAGAGAAAAGGAAUUUCUAGCUAAAGUGCCUACUUGUGAAGAGAUUCGUGGAGUGAUUUUUAGAAUGGGGAAGUUCAAGGCCCUAGGGCCUGAUGGACUGCAGGCUGUUUUUUUCCAGAAACAUUGGCAUUUAGUUGGGGAGUCUGUUAAGGGGAUUAAUACAUCUUUGAUUUGCCUUAUUCCUAAAAAGGAUAGCCCAGAUACUAUGAAGGAGUUUCGGCCAAUAAGCCUAUGCAAUGUAGUGUACAAGGUGGUUACCAAAAUCAUAACAGAAAGAUUGAGAGGAUUUAUGCCUAGGGUAGUGGGCCCAAAUCAGUGCAGCUUCAUCAAAGGGAGACAGAGUGCGGACAAUAUUAUUAUAGCCCAGGAGGUUGUGCAUUCUAUGAAAGAGAAGAAAGGGUGGAAGGGGUGGAUGAUGAUCAAGGUGGAUUUGGAGAAGGCUUAUGAUCGCCUUAGUUGGAAAUUCAUUAAGGAAACCUUGGAGGAUGUGGGUCUUCACAAGAGCCUUUCUGAUCUGAUUGUCAAUUGUAUAUCAUCUAGUACAAUAAAGCUUUUGUGGAAUGGUGAUUUAAUUGAGGGUUUUAAUCCCCAAAGAGGGAUUAGACAGGGAGAUCCUGUCUCUCCAUAUCUCUUUGUCUUGUGUGUGGAGAGACUAGCUCAUUUUAUCCAGCUGGCUGUGGAUACCAAAGCUUGGAAACCAAUUAUGAUUAAUAAAUAUGCUCCUCCUUUAUCUCAUUUAUUUUUUGCAGAUGAUAUCAUCCUUUGUGCAGAAGCUUCCAUGGACCAGGCCUUUGUUAUUAACCAGGUCCUCAAGUUGUUUUCUGUGGCUUCGGGCCAGAAAGUAAGUGAAGCUAAAUCCAGAGUGUUCUUUUCGAAGAAUGUGGGUUUUAAUAGAGCUAAGGAAAUCAGUGAGUGUCUGGGUGUAGGAAUUACAAAUGAUUUGGGGAAAUAUUUGGGAGUCAAUCUAAAUCAUAGAAGAGUAUCCAAAAACUCUCUGAAUUAUGUAGUGGAGAGGGUGCACAAUAGGCUCUCCUCUUGGAGCCAAGCAUCUCUGUCAUUGGCAGGAAGGAUCACAUUGGCCAAAGCUGUUCUGGAAGCCUUGCCAGCUUAUAUAAUGCAGACCACUGAUGUCCCCAUUAGCAUAUGUAAAGAGGUGGAGAAGCUGACUAGAGGGUUCAUUUGGGGUUCAAGUCCGAAUAACAGGAAGGUCCAUCUGGUGAAUUGGGAAAAUGUUUGCAGGAUGAAGGAGGAUGGAGGACUUGGGCUGAGAAACCAGAGGUUGAUUAACAAAGCCUAUGCCAUGAAGAUUGGUUACGGGUAA